AUGGACUUACCAAGUCAAGAAAAUAACAGUAAGGAACGAUUGAUAGAUGUAGUAACCGGUGCAUCCAUAUACGAUCUAUUCGAAGCCUAUGGAAGGAAGCACAUUCCCAGCCAUUGUAACGAGUGCUUUAGAGCUGCACGUGAAGAACAAGCCAAGGGAAUAACCAAAUGUAAAGAAUGCCUUACGGGCAUAUUAGGGAAGUGGGAGAAAAUAACCUGGGAUCAAUGGAAAGAAGAGACACGAUACAAGAAAGCAAGUGACGAAUUAGAACUCUGGAAGGAUCUCGAUAGUUGGGCAUAUCUAUUAAUGUCUAAAGACCAAGCAUUAAGAAGGAACUGGGGCAAGGACAUGGAACGAUUAUGGAAUAAGGUCAUUGAAGGUAUAGCAAAGGGGCUAGACAAUAAAAGGGGUAGAAGGAGAAAGCUGGGGAUACCUACAAGCAGGGGAGAAGCCCUAAUCAAAUUAACUCAUGGAUGGGCACACGCCUUUAAAGGAAGAACCAGGGGCGAACAGUUACCGACAUCUGAAGUAAUCUGUAAUGUUCUCAAUAGAAUGGGAUGGAUGCCGUCAGGGGGCAGGAUGCAGCAAAUGUGUUCAAACCUCCCUCAUAAGCAAGAGUCAGAUUCAGAAGGACAUGUCUCCGGACUAUAUCCUAUUAGUGAAGUAUCUCCUACCCACCACGCAGAGGGUUUUAAGGAGAAGCCCUGUAGUAUGCAUGAGCCACACCCAGACGACGCCCCAGGCGGAAGCCCCAUCACAGGACUAGCCCCUAAAAUACUAGAUUAUGAGGAUACAAGGAAUGAAAUAGAAAAAUCGCCUGGAACCCAUGAAGCCCAGGGGAUAACGGGCGAAAUACCAUGGGGGAAAGUUGCUAUUGGAGUCAUGGCUUCAUUAAGUAUCGGUUUUAAUCUGUGGAAGGUAAAAGAGAAGAGGGUCGCAAUUGCAGAAGGAGAAAGAAGUUUCCUAAGGAAACGAAUAUUCAGAAGGAACAACUCAUUCAAGAGAUGGACUGAACUGGAUGAAUGGGAAGACAGUGAAAUCUCGAGUAAUGACUCAGGUAACCAGACAGACGAGGAUUCAGAGGAUCGGGGGCAUUCAUAUAGUAUCGGAUACGGCAUCAGAUAA